AUGAAGCGUCAAAGGAAGGCAGUUCGGCGAUAUCUAUUGCACCAAAACAUGACAAAAACAACCAAUCAAUGGAGGACAACCUCCUUCCACCAUUUUCAACGCAGAGUCUCUAAUACAAGCACCCCAACUAGCAGCGGUACCAAGCAGUACACAACCGGUGGUCUUCUAGACACCAUCACCACCAAAACAGAUGGCAAGCGCACAACCAAUGGUUUUCCAGACACCAGCACCACAGAAUCAGACGAGAAGUGCGCAACUGUUGGUUUUAUAGACACCACCACCUCCAAUUCAGAUGGAAGGUGCACAACCGGUGAUCUUCCAGACACCAACAUUGCCAAACCAAAUGGCAAGCACACCACCAGUGGUUUCCAAAAAACCAUCGACAAGCAAUAUGGUAGGGGUACAAUCGAUGUUCCUUCAGACACCGCCAAUAACCCAGAGGCCGGGAGAAAUGCCAAUGACCAUCCAGAUGCCGCUACUAGAUCAGACGGUUAG